UGGGUCAACCAGAAGUAUAAACCAGAAGGAAGCCGUUCUCGUGCUCGGCUAAACAGCGAAGAAAGGAUGGAGAAACGGAGAAGCCCGAAGCUAAAGAUCGCCAUCAUCCAUCCCGACCUUGGAAUCGGCGGGGCUGAAAGGCUGAUUGUAGAUGCAGCAGUUGAACUUUCACUGCAUGGUCAUAAUGUUCAUCUUUUCACAGCACAUCAUGACAAAAACCGAUGUUUUGAGGAGACCAUUUCUGGUCCAUUUCCAGUCACAGUAUAUGGUGGUUUCCUACCUCGUCACAUCUUUUACCGUUUCCAUGCUGUAUGUGCCUAUCUAAGAUGCAUUUUUGUUGCACUCUGUGUGCUUUUCUUGUGGCCCUCGUUCGAUGUGAUACUGGUAGAUCAGGUCUCUGUUGUCAUUCCCUUGUUGAAAAUGAAACGGUCAGCAAAGAUAAUAUUCUACUGUCACUUUCCAGAUUUGUUGCUUGCAAAACAUACAACUAUGCUAAGGAGAAUAUACCGCAGACCAAUUGACAUGAUUGAAGAAGCAACCACUGGUAUGGCAGAUUUGCUUCUUGUUAACAGCAGAUUCACUGCAUCAACAUUUGCCAGAACAUUCCAUCAUCUUCACUCUAAAGGAUUUGAGCCAGCUGUACUUUACCCAGCAGUCAAUGUGGAACAGUUUAAUGGUCCUUGCUCCUAUAGGUUGAAUUUCCUCUCAAUCAACCGUUUUGAAAGAAAAAAGAAUCUCCAGCUAGCAAUUUCAGCUUUUGCAUUGCUUCGUUCUCUUAAAGGAAAUGCUUUUCCUGGACAUAAGCCAGUUGAGGCAACAUUGACAGUUGUUGGUGGCUUUGAUAAACGUCUCAAGGAAAAUGUUGAGUACCUGGAGGAACUCAAAUGGCUGGCAGAAUCUGAAGGAGUUUCUGAUCGAGUUGAUUUUGUCACAUCCUGCUCUACAGCAGAGAGAAAUAAGUUGCUCUCUGAAUGUCUCUGUGUUCUUUAUACACCAAAGGAUGAGCAUUUUGGCAUUGUUCCCCUGGAAGCAAUGGCGGCACGAAAACCUGUAGUUGCAUGCAACAGUGGGGGGCCAGUGGAGACGAUUAAGCAUGAGGUCACAGGGUUUCUCUGUGAUCCCACCCCUCUGGACUUCGCACUAGCUAUGUCUAAACUAAUAAGCAACCGUGAGAUGGCAGAAACAAUGGGCAAAGAGGCGUACCAACAUGUCAGCGAAAAAUUCUCUACCAAGACAUUUGGGGAACAGCUGAACCAUUAUGUCAUCAAUGUGCACCAUAGAAGAAUUGAGUGAAAUAUUUUUCUUUUUUAUUUUCAGAAAAGAAUUGAUUAAAAAUAUUGUUUGCAUAUGAUAGGGUAGCAAGAGAUUGAUUGAGGGAAGGUGAUUCAUUUACAAGCUGGUAAGAAUCUUAUCGGUUGUAUGGCAGCAACAGAGGCUGAUUGAUUUAAUAACUUUUUAGAAUGUUUUGCAGAAAUAUGCUGGCAGAGAUUCUACAAUCAAACAUGACUUUAACAGAGGCUUUGAUUUA